AUGUGCCGACGGCCUGUUAGCUUGCUACCGCCGCUUCCUGAACAGCUGAACCCCUAUUCGGCUAUUCCUUUUCGUGUCGCACUGCGCCGUCGCCCAGCCAGGCGCCAGGCGCUCCGCCAGCUUCAGAAAUCCAAGAGAAAUAAGCGGUGGAGGAAGAGAAAAAGAAAGCAUGUCACGGAGCUUUUCCAGAAGGAGUGUGCAGAUUAUGACAGAAUCGACAAGGAAGCUGAUGAAUGGAGAGCUAGGCAAAUAGCCAAGGACAUCGCGAAACGCAAGGUGGAAAGCACGAAACAGAUUGCCAAGAAGAAAGCAAAUGAGGAAAGGAAGCGUCUAAAAUCUGAGCUUGAGCUUGCCCUUAUGGUUGAGAAACUACAGGAGCUUCGCUCUAUAAGAGUUCAAAAACCGAAGAAGCAAGGCAAGAUAUUCUUGUUUACCUAUUGUUUUAUUUAACCUUCUCUGUUUCACAGUAUAUGUCUGGUAACCUUUUGCUAACAGAUCAAUUAGGUGAAGUAACUAGAAAAUGAUUAAUAAUUGGGUCAUGUUUACCCUUAUUAAUAGAUACUUUAAUGGUUAACCACUCAUUCUCUCUCAC